AUGACAACAGCAGGUCACCAUCUCAGUCUUACAACAAUUAUACUCCCUCGAGCACAACCUCCCAUUAGAGAAGCGGACCUGGUCCUGGGGAGUAUCCUGCUGGUGUGUUCUAUACUGGGUAUCCCUGCCAACUGUGCCGCUUGUUACCACUUCUGUACACAAAUCACUAAGAACAAGAACAGUUCCUUCUUCAAGCAGAUCUACACUAUCAUCAGCUUUAUUGAUGUCAUGAUUGGUAUCGCUCAACUCCCGAUAGCACAGACUCUCCUAUUGGGGAGAGACUCUCCAGAUCUCCUGUUCAGAGGGGCGCCCUUUUGUUACUCCUGGUACAUUAUCUGGCUGCUCAUCAAACAAGGAGCAGUGUUCAUGGUGGCAUUCCUGAGCAUAUCCCGGCUCACAAUACUCAUGACAACCAGCAAAGUGAUGUCCCUGAGAAACUCCUGGCUCAUCCCGUCUCUGUUUGCUGGUUUUGUACUAAUCGUACUUGGUAUAUUACCCCUAGCUACAGACUACGCGGUGGUACAGUAUGCGCCGGAUAACGCCAUGUGUAGGAUCACAGUUGAUGAUCCAAGUCAAACUCCCAUCUACAUAACACCGAUCAGCAUGACCACGCUAACUACUCCUACAGCCACGGACUGGCGGCCUUACUUCAGACAGUCCUUCGUGGUGACCAUCACCGAGGCUUGCUUUCUAGGACUUCCCGUCUUUCCUAUCUUUAUAUCCCUUGUUUUAUCCCUUCAAUUUCUAAAGAAAGCAGACGCAAGAUCUCUCCGCAUCACCAGUGGACAUGAAAGGACAACAAGGGACAACAAGGAAAACAAGGAAAACAAAAGGCAGAAUAAGCCGGUAACCAAACACAAAGAAGCAUCGGUAACAAUCCUGAUGGUGACACUAGUGUACGUUAUCUUCAACAUACCAGCCCUCUGCAUGACGGUAUACCUAGCGUACAUUUACUGCACGUGCCUGACCCUGCUACACGCCUCCAACUACUCCGAGCAACUGCUCUUCAAGUACGCCAGCAGAGUGUACACCACAUUCGGACCAGCCUGGCAGUAUACCUGGCUGGUGGUGUACGGGGUGUCCCAGGUCCUCAACUCCACGGUUAACCCGGUGUUGUAUUGGUGGCGGAUGAAGCAUUUCAGACAGUUCCUUAGCAGGGGGAGGCUCAGUGUCUCCGAGACUAGCAGGAGUUUCACAUCUUCUUUCAGGAGCCUUGUGACUAAUAAUUUCCAAGUAAGGCCUGGGUUAAGGGGGGACUCUAAAUAUCAUGCUGUUAACGAGGAAAAGAUUUGAGUUCUUACGUUUUCCUGAUGGAUCUUGUGAGUGUGAAAGUAUGAAGUUGUGCCACUUAAUUUAGUGACGGCAGUGGAAGAAGAAGUACAAUUGAAGUAAAUGUGAAGGUGAAAGUGGAGAUAAUGAAAGCGAGAACGGUUAAAGAAGUGAAAGUGAAUAUAACGAAAGUGAGGUUAAAGAAGGUAACACCCACCUCAACUUGAGUACCUCCAUUUUCCACGAACGUGAUCAUGGUACCCAGCAUGAGAGGAGGUGCUAAAGUGAACACCUCUACCAACAUCAUCAACCCAAACGUGGUUACCACCGGCAUCAGACAGGACCGGAACAGAGCCCACAGUAGUCUAAGGUGCUUUUGCAUUUUCUGAAAUGUGAUUCAAGUGAGGUUUAAUGUGAGGUUUCAAUUUAAUAUGUAUGUUGUUUCCAGAUUCUUAUUAGUUAUUGUUUUUGAAAAUUAAUUAUUUGAUGUUUGCUCUUACGCUGUCCGCUAUGUACUGUAAAACCAAAUAUUUUCGCUGGCACCCAUUUUCGCGGUUUUAAAAAUUAAAUUAUUUUCGCACCUUUAAUUUUCGUAGAUUGUGAUUAAAUUUAGGGGUCGACCAAUUAAAUUUAAGUAGCUUA